AACUUAAAUCUGCGAUCUAGACAUUCUCUUCUCAGAUCUGUUUGUUUACAAAGUAGGGGCUGGGCCCGAGAGAGAGACCUUCCUUCCUCCUCGACGUCCUCCAUAAUGUGAAUUUAAUCGCUAUUUUAGCCGCUUUUACCGAACAGUCAGGAUGGCAGCUGAACGCGUAACAAUCUCGGACGCCCUCAGCAAUGUUGACGUCCUGGAUGAUUUACCACUCCCUGACCAGCAGCCGGUCAUUGAGGCCCAGGCUUGCUCUGUCGUUUACAUGGCCAAUUUUGACACCAACUUUGAGGAUCGGAUGGCCUAUGUUACUGGAGUGGCAAAAUACAUGGAAGAAGCCGCAACACAUGCGGAACUAAACAAACUCUUGGAAGAAGGAGAACAGCAUGCUGUAAUGCUGUACACAUGGCGCUGCUGUUCCCGCGCAAUUCCCCAACCUAAAUCUAAUGAGCAGCCAAACCGUGUCGAGAUUUAUGAGAAGACUGUGAAGGUCCUCUCGGACGAGGUGAAGAAACUUACAAAAUUCAUGAACUUCCAGCGCAAAGCAAUUGACGUCUUCUGCAACCAAGUGAAACGUCUUUGCCACCAGGAGAAGAGGAAGGACUUCGUGUCAGAAGCGUAUCUUUUGACGCUCGGAAAAUUUAUCAACAUGUUUGCCGUCCUGGAUGAACUGAAGAACAUGAAAUCCAGCGUGAAAAACGAUUACUCCACAUACAGACGAGCUGCUCAAUUUCUGAAGGUGAUGAGCGACACGCAGUCCUUACAGGAGUCGCAGAACCUCUCCAUGUUCCUGGCAACGCAGAACAAGAUCCGCGACAACCUGAAGGAGAAGUUGACGGCAAUACCAUCAUACGAAGACCUCCUUUGUGACGUGGUCAAUAUCAGCGUGCACAUGUUCGAGAAUCGGAUGUACCUCACGCCCAAGGAGAAACAGAUGUUGGUGAAGGUAAUGGGAUUCGGGCUCUUCUUGAUUGACUCUGAGAUCUGCAACAUCAACAAACUGGACCAGAAGAAGAAGAUUAAGAUCGACAAGAUCGACAAAAUAUUCAAAAACUUAGAGGUAGUCCCGCUCUUUGGUGACAUGCAAAUCGCACCUUUCAACUAUAUCAAGAGGAGCAAGAACUUCGAUGCGAAAGAUGUGGCCAUUGUGCAGCGCGACUCCAUUAGCCCUAAGCAGACCAGGUGCCACUUACCUCGGAUCAGAGAAGAGCAUAUUAAAUACAUUUCGGAUUUGGCGAGAUACAGCAAUGAGGUUAUAACAACGUACAAAGAGACGGCCCGCACUGAUUCUGAGAAUAAAGACAUAGCCGAUUUAGCUCUCCGCGGUUUGCAGCUCCUGAGUGAGUGGACGAGCGUCGUGACAGAGCUCUAUUCGUGGAAGCUGUUGCAUCCGACAGACCACCAUUCCAACAACCAGUGUCCCGCUGAUGCAGAGGAAUAUGAGAGGGCCACGCGUUACAACUAUACGGACGAGGAGAAAUUCGCCCUUAUUGAAGUCAUCGCCAUGAUUAAGGGUCUGCAAGUCUUGAUGGCAAGGAUGGAGACGGUCUUCCUGGACUCUAUAAGGCGCAACAUAUACCAGGAGAUGCAGGAUUUUGUGCAGCUCAUUCUUCGGGAUCCUCUUAGAAAGGCCAUCAAGAACAAGAAGGAACUGCUUAGGACCAUACUGGUGUCAGUACGAGAGACGAGCGCAGACUGGAUUAAGGGCGCAGAGCCCCCGGACGAUCCAGCUCUGAAGGGCAAGAAAGAUCCAGACAACGGCUUCGAAAUUAAGGUGCUUCGAAGAAACGUUGGUCCCUCUUCGACGCAGCUGUACAUGGUUAGGACAAUGUUGGAGUCGUUGAUCUCGGACAAAUCCGGCGGUAAGAAGACCUUGCGCAAGGAACUUGACGGCCAGCAUUUGUAUCAGAUUGACGAGUUCCACAAAACGUCGUUCUUCUGGACCUAUCUUAUCAAUUUUAGUGAGACCCUUCAGUAUUGCUGCGAUCUCUCCCAGCUCUGGUACCGAGAAUUCUACCUGGAGAUGACUAUGGGAAGAAGGAUACAAAAGUGCACAGUGGACCACCAGCACAAUGAGGAAUGUAAAGAUUUGGUGGUUAUGGACAAGAGAAUACAGUUCCCCAUUGAAAUGUCCAUGCCCUGGAUACUGACAGAUCACAUUCUGCGGACAAAGGACGCUUCUAUGAUGGAGUGCGUGCUAUACCCGCUAGAUCUGUACAACGACAGUGCCUACUACGCCCUGACGCAGUUCCGCAAGCAGUUCCUGUACGACGAGAUCGAAGCAGAGGUCAACCUGUGCUUUGACCAGUUUGUCUUCAAGUUGUCCGAGCAGAUCUUCUCGCACUACAAGCACUUGGCUGGGAGCAUCUUGUUGGAUAAGCGCUUCAGAGGAGAAUGCAGUCAGCACCACAUGAGAAUACAUUAUCCACCAGCCAAUAGGUAUGAAACUCUCCUGAAGCAGCGACAUGUCCAGCUCCUGGGCAGAAGCAUCGAUCUGAACAAGCUCAUCUGUCAGCGCAUAAAUGCCUCUAUGCAUAAGUCCCUGGAGGUCGCCAUUGCACGGUUUGAAGGAGCUGACAUCACCUCUGUUGUGGAACUCGAAGGCCUGAUCGAGGUGAACAGACAGACGCACAAGUUACUCAGCCAGCUCUUAGUGUUGGAUGACUUUGACGCACAACUUCGCGAGGCAAACCACAACGUCCUUGCGCCCUACGGCAGAACGACCCUCCACGUCUUUUGGGAGCUGAACUAUGACUUCUUGCCAAACUACUGCUACAAUGCUGCUACUAACAGGUUCGUGAAGGCAGCCGUGACAACCUUUGCACAGGCCGUGCAGCGAGACAAACCCCCUAAUGUUGCUCCAUACAUGGUGUGGGGUAGCAAGGCCUUGAACGUUGCAUAUUCAACAAUAUACUCUCAGUAUUCAGGAUUCCUGGGACCUCCUCAUCUGCGGUCCAUAGUCCGUGUUCUGGGUUACCAAGGCAUUGCCGUUGUGAUGCAGGAGCUCCUGGAGAUCAUCCGUUCGCUGAUUCAGGGGAACAUCCACCAGUUCACAAAGACCCUCCUGCAAGCAAUGCCCAAGCAGUGCAAGUUGCCAAGAUACGACUAUGGCUCUCCGGGCGUACUUGGAUACUACCAUGCCCAGCUAAACGACAUCGUCCAGUACCCAGAUGCCAGAACGGAUUUGUUCCACCAUUUCAGAGAGCUUGGCAAUGCCCUUCUGUUCUGCUUGCUUGUUGAACAGUCUCUCACGCAAGAAGAAGUUUGCGACUUGCUCCAGGCCGCUCCAUUCCAAAAUAUUCUGCCUCGGCCGUACUGCAAAGAGGGCGAGAAACCGGAGACGAAGCAGAAGAGGCUGGAAUCGAAAUACGCUCCCCUCCAGAUUGUUGCCAACAUUGAGAGGCUUGGAACCGCUAAGCAAGCUAUGAUUGCAAGGGAAGGCGAUCUCUUGACCAGAGAGCGACUGUGUUGCGGCCUGUCUAUAUUCGAGGUUAUAUUGACGAGAAUUCAGUCCUUCUUAGAGGAUCCCAUCUGGCACGGAUCACCCCCAGCUAACGGGGUCAUGAACGUGGACGAGUGCACGGAAUUCCACAGACUGUGGUCGGCCCUGCAGUUCGUCAUGUGCAUACCUGUCGGUGCUAACAAUUUCACGGUCGAACAACUCUUCGGCGAAGGUUUGAACUGGGCUGGAUGCUGCAUGAUCGUGCUCCUGGGUCAGCAGAGAAGGUUCGAAGCCCUCGAUUUCUGUUACCACAUCCUCCGUGUGCAGAAAGUGGACGGGAAGGACGAAACUAUUAAGGGCAUCCCCCUCAAGAGAAUGUGUGACAGAAUCCGACGGUUCCAGGUGCUCAACUCGCAGAUUUUCGCCGUCUUGAACAAGUACCUCAAGACCAGUGACCCGGACAACCUCCCCGUCGAGCACGUGAGGUGUUUCCAACCUCCCAUCCACCAGAGCCUGGCCAAUCAGACUUACCAGCGGCCUGACCACCUGCGCUAAAGGGGGGACACCUCUGUGAUUGCAGGUGUAGAUCAGAGUGUUUGGUUUUCAGGACUGGCAGGUUUAAAAAGAAAGGAACUUUUGAUAAGUACUUUUUGUAGACCAUUUGCAAAUGAAGCUUAGGGAGAAAUCUAUUUGUAUAGAGAGAAGUGAGAGAAUAAUCUCCCUAGUUUGAAGCACCAAAGAUAUAAACGGGACAAAUGCAAAAGGCCGUUUUGAAUUAAGGAACACUUUCAAGUUUAAUCGCAUGUAAUAAUCAUGAGAAAAUACAGUAUUAUGAGUAAUUCAUAAGUAUUGUAAAGUAUAUUUGAUACAAGACUUAAUUUUCCUGUUCUUACAGAACUCUGAAAAGGCCAACAGGCAAAUGACGUAAGUGUAGUAUAAUGAAAAUUCCAAAAGUUUACUGGUUUUAUGGUAAAAUAUCUGGCUUCAGUACAGUUUACUGGAGACUCGAGAUACAUCGUAUUCUCUACAUUGUUA